ACGCGCGCAUACGGACCGAACGGAUUUCGCGGGCCGCACGCGACGACCGCCGCAGCUGCAGCAGCACCGUCAGCACAUCAGUACACUGCAACAGUGAACGCCGGCCGACGACGACCGCGCACGGAGAUUGUGCGCGUAAUAUUACUCUAAUAAACGACACAUUUUUUCAUUGCGUGUGCGACGACGUACGCGCGUUACGUGUGACCGCGGGCAUGCUGUUGCCGUCGGACAUGUUGGCCACGCAAUCCAAGAUGCUGUACCAGCUGAACAAGUACUGCGUGGAACGGGUGGAGACCAGGAAAACGGCCACGGCCAAGGCGGUGCGGGAGGUGUGCAAGGUGGUGCAGACGGUGCUGCACGAGGUGGAGGCCCAAGAGCCGCGGUUCAUAUCAUCGCUGGCCGAGUGCAACGGCCGGUACGAGGGCUUGGAGGUGGUGUCGGCCACCGAGUUCGAGAUCGUGCUCUACUUGAACCAGAUGGGCGUGUUCAACUUCGUCGACGACGGGUCGCUGCCCGGGUGCGCGGUGCUCAAGCUCAGCGACGGCCGCAAGCGGAGCAUGAGCCUGUGGGUCGAGUUCAUCACGGCGUCCGGAUACCUGUCAGCCCGGAAGAUCCGGUCCCGGUUCCAGACGCUGGUGGCGCAGGCGUGCGACAAGUGCGCGUACCGGGACUCGGUUAAGAUGAUGUCGGACACGGGCGAGGUGAAGCUCCGGAUCCGGGACCGGUACGUGGUACAGAUCACGCCGUCGUUCAAGUGCGCGGGCGUGUGGCCGCGGUCUGCCGCCCACUGGCCGGUGCCGCAGCUGACGUGGCCGCACCCCAACCUCAUCGUACAGGUAAAGACGGAAGGGUUCGACUUGCUGUCCAAGGACAGCGUCAUCAUGCACGGCAAGCAGAACUCGAUGGAGGGCGACGCGUGGGUCAUGUCGUUCACGGACGUCGAGAAUCAGUUGCUGUACGGCGGCUGCCGAAAGCGAUGUCUGAGCAUCCUCAAGACGCUCAGGGACAGGCACCUAGACUUGCCCGGCAACCCGAUAACCAAUUAUCACAUAAAAACGCUGUUGCUGUACGAGUGCGAGAAACACCCGCGGGACGCCGAGUGGGAAGAGACUGGUAUCGCGGACCGCAUCAACGGCAUACUGCUGCAGCUCAUCUCGUGCCUACAGUGCCGCCGGUGCCCGCACUAUUUCAUCCCACAUCUCGACCUAUUUAAGGGUAAGACCCCGGCGUCUCUGGAGAGCGCGUCCAAGCACGUGUGGCGGCUCAGCCGGGAGAUACUCACCAACUCCAGAGCCUUCGACAAGCUCUGAGGGGCUACGUGGCGCGACGUAGUAUUCUAUAUAAUCUAUUACAAUAUCUGUGCAGUACAGUGAAACCUCUUUAAGUACAGCAAACUCUCGGUUUGCUAAAAGCUGAUCCGAUAAUCGGAAGUGUACAGUCAGAAGAGGUUUCACUGUAUAUUCCAUCGUCACAUAUAAACAAUCGUCGCAUAUUAUAAACAAGUAUUAUGUAAUAUCAUAUAUACUUCACCUAAGCUAGUCAACGCGUUUUCGUUAGACGCUGAAAUCGAUAAUUAUUAUAAUAUUUUAUAUAUUGUUUAAUUAUUAGCUAAAAACGUAUUGCAGCCGCCCAGAAAGAUCUCUCUAAUCGAUAACGAUUAUCCUCUGUAGUUUAUUACGCACUUUAUAUGCUAUAAAUAAAAAAGUAAAGGUAUCCUAUAUGCAUCAUGCAUCUUAUGAUCCCUCGAAUGAUUUUAUAGAAUACGUUUACUAUAUAUUAUUAUUUAUUAUACUAUAUCGUUAUUAAUAUGUUUAUACCUAUACUUUUCUAAUUAUUUUUUUAAUUUUUUGAUAAGACAUUUUUAAUCUUUAAGUUAGAAUAAUAUUGUUUUUUUUUUCGUUUUUGUUGUAUGUGUGCAAUAUUAGCUGUAUUAUGUCGAUUAUGUAUUAUGCUAAACCGUUUUGUUUGUAGGUAUAGGUACUUAGUUGUUUAUUACAUACGAUUACUUAUUAUAUAUUAUUAAAACUGAUAAGAUAGAUUAUUAUGCAAUUUAUCGUCAAAAUUUGUUAUGUAUCUUCAUGAAUGGCUUUUUCCUUUUAAAUGUAUUAAGCUCAUAAUAAUUUGUAA